UCAGCAUCGUAGAAGUUCAGUCUUCACACAGACGCAAGACAAAAAGAAAAAGCCUCGAAAAUAUUUUGGCGGCAAAAUUUGAGAGCUGUGAGAGUAUACAGACCAGAUCGAUUGAGAGAGUUAGGGUUUCUCGAGUAAUACAAUCGUACGCCCCAUUUCAUUCAAAAUCUCCAAUUAACACUUAUAUGAAGAAAGAAAUUUCUCGAUUUUUUUUCUAGGGUUCUAAUAUAUGUGAAAAUAUCGAAGUUUACCGAGUAAAAUCAGUUAGAUUGAGCUCAAAAGUAAAACCUAAAUCCAGAAUUAUGGCGACGGAAGAAACUAUGUAAUGUGAUUUGACUGUUAGGGUUCGGAUGGAAGGAGGAAAAGGAGGAGGGGUUCCAAAUGAAGCGAUGAUUAAACCUAUAAACAAAAGUGUAGUUCAUAGAAUCUGUUCAGGACAGGUAAUACUUGACCUAUCAUCUGCUGUUAAAGAGUUAGUUGAGAAUAGUUUAGAUGCUGGUGCCACAAGUAUUGAAAUCUCCUUGAAAGAUUUCGGAGAAGAGUCAUUCAAGAUUAUCGAUAAUGGAUGUGGCAUUUCACCAAACAACUUUAAGGUUCUUGCGUUAAAGCACCAUACAUCUAAAAUAGCAGAUUUCCCUGAUCUACAGUCUCUGACUACAUUUGGGUUCAGAGGGGAGGCUCUAAGUUCACUUUGUGCACUAGGGAAAUUAACUGUUGAAACUAGAACUAAACAUGAAUCAGUUGCUUCACACUUGACUUUUGACCACUCGGGAUUACUAACUUGUGAGAAGAAAACAGCACGUCCAAUUGGUACUACUGUCACUGUCGAGAAAUUGUUCUCCACCUUGCCAGUCAGAGGCAAAGAAUUUAGUCGUAAUAUUCGAAGGGAAUAUGGAAAGCUCGUCUCUUUACUGAAUGCAUAUGCUCUCAUAGCAAAAGGAGUACGGAUAGUGUGUACCAACACAACCGGUAAAAACACAAAAUCUGUGGUGAUUAAAACACAAGGAAGUAACUCCAUGAAAGAUAACAUUAUAACAGUGCUUGGUAAUAAUAUUUUCACAUGCUUAGAGCCAUUGAGUAUAUCGAUAUCCGACAGCUGUGAAGUUGAAGGUUUCCUUUCGAAGCCUGGUCAGGGAAGUGGUCGUAAUCUGGGGUACAAACAGUUCUUUUUUGUCAAUGGUCGACCAGUUGAUAUGCCAAAAGUCAGCAAGCUUGUUAAUGAACUUUAUAAGACUUCUAGCUCCAAACAAUAUCCAAUUAUGGUUAUGAACUUCAUCGUGCCAACAAGAGCAUAUGAUGUCAACGUAACUCCUGAUAAAAGAAAAAUAUUCUUUUCUGAUGAAGGUUCCCUUAUGCGCUCCUUACGAGAAUCUAUUGAAAAAAUUUAUUCCCCAAGUCACUGCAGUUAUUCAACAAAUAAAGUCGAGGAGCACCAAAAGGAAGGCAAUGGCCUAAAUUUAUGUCACCAUCAAGAGAUACCCACUUUGCCGUUGAAGCGAAUCCCAUCAAAAGUCUACAGUAAUAAUGAAGCAGAGUGCAGUGAGGUUCAAGUUGUUGAGGAUGACAGUCCUAUUAAGACAGUCAAAAAGCGGAUACCUGUUUCAGAUGUAGAAGAAGGAAUGGUACAGAUCGAAGGUGAGAAACCGUCACCGAAGGACUUCACUCUUAGAGCUCAUGCAUUUGGAAAGGCUGAUAUUUCUUCUGAAUACGAGUAUCACUCUAAGAAAUUGAGAACUUCUACGCCUAUUGGUAUAACUGAGAAACGAUCACGGAAGGACUUCACCCUUAGAGCUCACUCAUCUGGAAAGGCUGAUAUUUCUUCUGAAUACGAGUAUCACUCUAAGAAAUCGAGAACUUCUAUGCCUAGUGCUAUAACUGAUCAACGUGCCUCCCCAAGAUCAGCUGAGGAUGGUGUUGCUAAGAACGCCAAUUCCAACAGUUGUUUAAGCCUUGCUCAGUCAUCACUUACCAAAUUCAUUUCUAUCAAUAAGAGGAAGCAUGAAAAUAGCUGUACAGUACUGUCUGAAAUGCCUGUCCUGAGAAAUGAAAUAGUGCAAUGUCAAGUGAGUAAAACCAAUUCAGAUAUGCAGCCUGAUCUCUCAAAGUCCCUUGUCGAUCACUGCCAAAUUGAUGGUUGUGCUGAUGUUCUUGGGAAAGAGUCCUCCAGGUGUUUUAAGGGGACUCUUGAAUCUAAAGAAGUAGAAAGUCCAUCAGGUGCAGAAGGAGAUGUUAACGUCAAGGGAUUUGAAGAGGUAGCACUGCUGCUUGGAUGUCAGACUGUACAUCAUACGAAAGGUGACUUAGAAUUUGGAAUUAGAUUACCGCACAUUGACGAAGUAACUUCAAGACCUAUGGUGGGCAAAGAUCUAGAAAACAUAUCUGAGGAGAUUUCAGGCUCAGGCCUACCGUCUAAGUCUUCUGAAAUGUCUUUAGAUGCUCCAGUCCAGUCUCAUCGUUCAGAGAUCUGCUCCAUUUUGCAGUUCAAUAUUAGGGAUCUAAGAACAAGUCGUGAAAAGAGGCUUUCAAGAUUACAAUCUAGUGGUUCCAUGCAUGGAAAAACAAAUAGCAAAGGGUGCUAUGCUGCUGCAACAUUAGAGCUCUCAGAACUAGAUAAUAAUGAACGUAAAGCAAGAUCUCUAGUUGCUGCAACUAAUGAGUUGGAAAGGCUUUUCAAUAAGAAAGAUUUUAACAGAAUGAAGGUUAUUGGGCAGUUCAAUCUUGGCUUUAUCAUUGGAAAGCUAGAGCAGGACCUAUUUAUUGUUGAUCAGCAUGCUGCAGAUGAGAAAUUUAACUUUGAGCGGAUGGCGCAAACAACCAUCUUAAAUCAACAGCCUCUGCUUCAGCCGAUGAGGUUGGAGCUCACUCCUGAAGAAGAAGUUAUUGCAUCAAUGCAUAUGGACAUAAUCAGGAAAAAUGGGUUUUCUUUGGUAGAGGAUCUUGGUGCUCCCCCAGGCCAUCAUUUUAAGUUAAGAGCUGUUCCAUUCAGUAAAAACAUAACCUUUGGAGCUGAAGAUGUCAAGGAGCUAAUAUCGGCCCUCGGCGAUAGUCAUGGGGAUUGCUCAAUUGUAAGUAGUUACAAAUUGGACACAGCAGAUUCUAUUUGUCCACCAAGAGUGCGUGCAAUGCUGGCAUCCCGGGCUUGCAGAUCAUCUGUUAUGAUAGGUGAUCCACUGGGAAAGAAUGAGAUGCAAAAGAUACUCAAACAUUUGGCAGAGCUCAGGUCCCCUUGGAAUUGCCCCCAUGGUAGACCAACAAUGCGACACUUAGUGGACUUGACAACCCUCUACAGGAGGGAAGAAGAUAUUGAUGAUUGAGGGAGACGAAACUAUUAAUGGAGCUGCUAGCCUUGACACCUGCUUUUUUAAUUUACCGGAGCUUCUUUUUUAUGUUUGUUUUCAUCCAGACCUGGAUUUGGGUUUAUAUAACAUCUCAUCUCCAAAUGUCCCGGUACUUUUUUUUUUCUCUCUUAAAAUAAAUGAAUGUAAAUAUUCUGCUUUUCUGAUAAAAAAAGAAAAUGUAAAUUAAGCUGUUAAUCUUGGAUGAAUGUAAAUAUUCUGCUUUUCUCA